AUGGGACAAAAAAAAGAUGUUUCUGUGUGUGCCUGCGAUUUAACUCCUGAUGUCUGCGACAUUGGCUGCUGUUGUGACAUCGCUGACUGCGACGUUGCUGACCUGAGUACUGUGUUCACGGGAUGUCCUCAGAAAGAAACCAAGUCAGGACACUGUAUUGAGAAAUGGCUGAUGUUCCGCGCCAAUGUGGACACUUCCUUGGUCACUGUGACUGAAUCAUUAUUUUGUGUUCGAUCUGAAGUUGAUCACAUCAAGGACUCCACUGCUCCACUAAAGCUUCCAGUACUAGGGAACUCUUAUCACUUCUCACCACCGCAACCAAUCAGCGUUGGCCAUAGCCGACAUUUUUAUCGGGCCGACGACGUCAUCCAGACAUACUUCGCCAAUUCAUCCGUCCGAGGUCUCCUUCGUCAGCCGUCUCCAGGACCUGUCGGUGCCUUCUGUCUUAACCGCAAUCCCGCACGCUUCUUGAGGUCCGAGUCUCUGUCCUGUACUCGCACGGUAACCCCUCAGUCGUGCAGCAAAGAUCCAAAUCUCAGCGCGAUCUCCUACUUCUCAGACCUCAGCCUGAUUAAAAUUCCCAAACCUGCAGAAGAAAAAGUGUCUGACCUUUUGAUCCCAGUCACCCCACUUUCUGACUGGCCUGCACCAAGUGAGAAAAAUAGCCUUUGUACAAAUGUGGCAAAAGAGGUGGAGUUUGUCAUCGUGUUCACAAACCGAGGAGAGCUGGAGAGUGCGACGGUGAAUGUGCUUUUAGCUGAUGUGAAAACGGAUCAGUUGUUUCAACAAGUGCAUUCGGUUCAAUUCAAGCUGAAGACAGCUCGCCUGUCUCCAACGCCGCAGAUUCCCUCAGCUGGACUGCGGGUGGGAGCCAGUGUUCGCGGUCGCUUUAACGGCGUAGUGAAACCCGUGAGCGUAAUGGGGACGGGGCGAGACGGUGAGUGCUCCUCUGAUCCCGCCGCCCGAAUCCGCAUCCUCUUCACGCACAACACAAUUGCAGGCUGCUCAUUUAGUUCUUCUUCCGGAAACUGCACAGAACUGCGUUCCAACAUCAGCAGCAUCUUGCUAGGAGACGCCAUCCCUGACACCAUUGCCAUGAGCUCAGGCUCCCAACCAGACUGGACCAGAGUCCUCAAACAGGAGUGCCCCAUCAGCUCGGAGGAAACAUGUGACUCUGGCUGCACCCUCCCUCACUCGCUCUCUGUGCAAGUACUGUGGGCACGUAUGGGCCUCCUGGAUCUCCCUCAGAGCUACAUCCUGGGUGUUAAAUACCUCUUUCGAUGUCGAAAGUUGCAGUGUCCUCUGUCGCCGCCCGUCAGACUAACCACCGAAGUGGCCUUUGCCGACAUGACGGUUUACCCCAAACCGCCACUGGAGUUCGGGUCGCCUUGACUGGCGGCGCUGCUGAUCAGGGCAGACUCAUUUCUGUUGCAGUUAAGGUCACAUAGAGUUUAACGCUGCUCACAGCUAACAGGAUUAGAAUUCUUCACCAGGCAGCUGGACAAGAGAAAUUCGACACAAACAUUGGCUGACCGCUUUAUUGAAAGAUUAGUGAUGGCAUCAAUGUGUUUUUGUACAUUCUUAGUGAAGGUGUAUUUUUGCUGUACGCUGCUCCACUUCUAGCUUCUCCUUUUACUCAGGUUAGUUCCCCUGCGCUCUUUUCUCCUUCUUCCCCGCGGGGCGGAUGUAGUUGAGAAGGUGGACAAUUGCAGCCGGCGUUAUUCCUUGCAAACGCGUAGCGGCGCCCAGCUGAGGGACACAAUCGAUUUGUUUCACCUCAAAAUAAAAACGGAUAUAUUGAAAUCCA